AUGAAACUCUUGACGCCCAAGGACGACGUCCGCGGCCGGAAAGUCCAGUUGGUGGCGGCUUUCCUGGACGUGCCGCUCCAGACUGUGCCUUUCACGGUUGGCAAGGACGACAAGGACCCGGCGUUCUUGGCGAAGUCGCCCCUCGGGCGUCUGCCGCUGCUCGAGUCGGAGGUCGGCGGCGUGUGCCUGUUUGAGAGCAACGCGAUCUGCCGCUUUCUCGCGCGCCUGCGCGCGGACAAGUGUUUGUACGGCGAGACUCUCGCCGAGCAAGGAGAGGUGGAUAUGUGGUUGGACUUCUCGACCUUGGAGGUUGAGAUUCCGAUGUGCUGCCUAGUCCAGGGCGGCAAGGUGGCCGAGCGCGCACAGAGCGACUUGUCUCAGGCGUUGAAUGCAGUCAACGCGCACCUGAAGACCCGGACCUUCAUGGUUGGCGAGAACAUCACCAUUGCCGACUUGUGCCUGGUCACGGUCCUCAGCUACGGUUUCCGCUCCGGAAAGGUCGACUGCGCGGCCAUCCUCGGCCAGCGUCCGUUCCUCAAGCGUUACUACGAGACGCUCGUGAACCAGAAGAGCUUCAAGAAAGUCUUUGGCGAGGCGAAGAGCGCAACUCCCGAGGCGACUAGCGCCAAGAAGGAGACAUCCGCCAAACCCGCACCGAGCGCCGCUGACGAUGAACCCGCGAAAAAGCCCGCAGUGAAAUGUGAACUGGACCUGUUGCCGGAGCCGUCGAUGGACUUGAACGAGUGGAAGCGCGUGUACUCCAACACGAAGGACUUGUACGGCGCAGCGAUGAAGUGGUUCUGGGAGCAUCUCGACACCGCGGGCUACUCUCUCUGGUACAUGAAGUACCAGAAACUCGAGGGCGAGUGCACCGUCGCGUUCGUUACCUCCAACCAGCUCGGUGGCUUCAUGCAGCGCAUCGAUCCCGCCUUCCGCAAGUACUCGUUCGGCGUCAUUGACGUCAUGGGCGAGAACGGCUGCUUCGACAUUGAGGGCGUAUGGCUCUUCCGCGGCCAGGACGUGCCCAGCCUGAUGAAGGAGCACCCGUCGUACGAGUACCACACGUGGCAGAAACUGGACCACGCGAGCGAGAAGGACAAGCAGCUGGUGGCGGACUUCUGGUGCGCAUGCGAUGACAUUCAGGGUCGCCCCAUCGCCGACAGCAAGGUGUGGAAAUAA